AAGGAGGCUGGCCGGAAGUGAGCGCAACGCCGCCUUGUCGAGAUGAAACCCGCUGUCGAUGAGAUGUUCCCCGAGGGCGCGGGGCCCUAUGUGGACCUGGAUGAGGCUGGAGGUAGCACCGGGCUCUUGAUGGACCUGGCAGCCAAUGAGAAGGCCGUUCAUGCAGACUUUUUUAAUGAUUUUGAAGACCUUUUUGAUGAUGAUGAUGUCCAGUGAGGCCACCCGGUCUUAUAUGCUCCAUGUCUGUGAUGUGUCUGGAGUCUCUCGGGACACGACCAGCUGAUUGUAGACACCGUGUUGAUAUCACUAGAAAUGAGGACCUAGUCAACCAAUAGAGGAACUGUCUGAACCAACUGGGUACUGAUGUCUCUGGGAAUGCCAGCCCGUGUCCUUGUUUAAAUUAAUAAAGAGCACUGUAACACGCA